AUGGCGCCACACAGAAACGAUGAGGCCGACAGAGGAGGAAGGUCUAAAGAAGAUGUACACGUAUCGAACAGCAACGAAGGACAUCUUUUGCAUCGGUCUCUGAUUGAUGUACCUCAUUUCGUAAAGUCUGCCAGCGGGAUUGACUUACACCUUGAUAAUGGGGAGACUGCCAUCGACGCUUGUGGCGGCGCAGCCGUUGCCAUCCUGGGACACGGAAACGAGGAAGUUCACACAGCCAUCAUAAAACAAUUACAUCAAGUUAGCUACGUUCACACACAAGCCUACACUACAUCGGUUGCCGAAGAACUAGCCAACGUUAUACUUAAGGGCAAUCCAUAUGGUUUGGAAAAGGCCUUCUUCGUCAGCAGCGGAAGUGAAGCCGUCGAUUCAGCUAUGAAACUAGCUCGGCAGUACCACUAUGAGCGAAAUGACUGUCAACGACUGCAUUUUGUGUCAAGAAACCAGAGCUAUCACGGCAAUACAAUAGGUGCCAUGUCACUGUCAGGCAAUGUCUCUCGCAAAAUCCCCUAUCUAGGCUUUGGCUACCCCCACGUUUCGCAUGUCAAUCCGCCGUACGCCUAUCGCUAUCAACGCCCAGGUGAAACAGAACUCGAGUUUACGAAACGUCUUUUGAUGGAGUUGGAAGAAGAGUUCCUUCGACUAGGCCCACAGACAAUUGUCGCGUUUAUUGCAGAGACCGUCAUUGGCGCAACUGCUGGAUGCGUACCACCACCGUCUGGGUACUUUCGGGGAGUGCGGGAAAUCUGCGAUAAAUAUGGAAUAUUGCUGAUAUUAGAUGAGAUUAUGUGCGGUACUGGACGAACAGGAACGUACUUUGCGUUUGAACAGGAAGACGUUGUACCUGAUAUCGUGACGGCCGCUAAGGGACUCGGCGGCGGUUAUGCUGCCAUUGCCGGCAUCUACAUCCACAAGAAGAUUAUUGAUCAGCUUCGUUUAGGCUCUAAUGCUUUCGUUCACGGGCAUACAUACCAAGCACACCCCGUCUCGUGUGCUGCAGCCUUGGCCGUGCAGCGUAUCCUCCGCCGAGAUGGUUUGGUCGAGCGGUGCAAAAUCAUGGGGGAACUGUUAGGUCAGAAACUUAGGAAAGAACUGCGAGACUGCAAGUUUAUUGGAGAUAUUCGCGGGAGAGGACUUUUCUGGGCUAUUGAGUUUGUCAAAGAUCGAAAUGAAGGGACCAAGGAACCAUUUGACCCCUCCAUAAAGUUUGGCUACAAGGUCCAAGAAGCUGCAUUCCAGCUAGGCGUGGCGAUUUAUCCUGGAUCAGGUACCAUUGACGGAUUGAAGGGUGAUCACAUAUUGCUGGCACCACCAUUCACAGUGACGGAGGACCAGUUGGGUAGAAUAUGUCAAGUAGUGAGGGAGGCUAUUGAAGACCAGGGCAGGGCCUACUAA